AUGGGAGGCAGGUGCAAGAUGCUGGUAGCGUUGAUGCUGGCAACCGUGGCGCUGCUGAGUGUUCCGACGUCAGCCGAGUGUCCCAAUGCCUGUUCAGGUAACGGAGCGUGCAUGGCCAAGGAUAUGUGCAACUGCUACAAGAACUACGAGGGCAACGACUGCCUGGACCGCACGUGUCAAUUCGGCUAUGCCCACGCCGACACGCCCAAAGGUGACAUUGAUUACGAUCAGGUGCGUAAUACGGCCGGUUGGAUUCUCAAGGAUUCGCAGCAGUUUCCUGCAGAGACGUACGAGUACUUUAGCCCGGAUGCCAUCGCCAGUGAAGCCCAUUUCUACAUGGAGUGCUCCAACAAGGGUCUGUGUGAUCGAACGUUGGGGACGUGCGUGUGCUUUGACGGAUAUGAAGGUGUGGCUUGCCAGCGUGCAGCGUGUCCUAACAAGUGCAGUGGUCGUGGUACGUGUGAGAGUAUAAGCGAGUUGGGACUCAAGGCUCCGGGCACACUCGUCGGGAAUCCGGAUAAUGUGAGCCCGGUUACCUAUGACUUAUGGGACAGCAAAGUCACUUACGGUUGUCGCUGUGAUCCGUGGUAUCACGGUGCUGACUGCUCGCUGCGAUCAUGCAAAAUUGGUGUGGAUCCAAUGUUCCUUUCAGUGGGCACAGCAACGUACGAGGCUUUUGUACUCCACGUGUACACUACGGGCACCUUCACGGCUGAUACAGCAGGAGUCCCACCAGACAACUACGUUCGCCUUCGCCUCUUCGAUUAUCAUGGCGAGUCCUACCUUACUGAAGCAAUUCCGAUUCUGAACGAUGUAAGCGAUACCGUCAAAGCAGAUUCCAACGCUGCUGCCGUGGCUGCGACCAUUAAACGAAUCCCGAAUCAGACCUUCCGUAACGUGCUCUGUGAGCGUAUCGGCAAGACAAAUGGCGAUCUGGAUGGCUAUGUUAUAGCUGCUCGAGCGACGAGUAAAGGUCUGUCAGUUAUCUGUCAGUUCAUUGAUAACCCUGGUCGAUUGCGGCAGCUGGAAGUGGCUGCGUAUGGCUUUAAGGGCAUCACCGAUCCGGCCACUAAAACUUACAAGGUGAUUACGGUCGAGGAAGGAUUCGACAAGGAAUGGUUUACAAUGCAAUCGGAUAUGACCGUGACCGAUAUUGAUGUCACCCUAAAAAUUCUCACAGUGAGUAAACCUGGCGCGGCAACAACAGAAGCAAUUACGUUGUUCAAGCUUGGGUCAUUUAUUGUGGUAGGGGCACUCACUGCGGUUGACAAGAUCACGAUCACCUAUCCGAUCAAGCACACACUUCCAUCAACCGUUGCCCGCUUCAAUACUGACCCCCUCUCGGGGUUUGCGGUUACUGAGCUCACAGUCGCCACUGGUGGAGUUGCCGUGGGAGCUACAAUAGUAACAGUGACAGCGGACCCUGGAUCAUUUACUGGAAAGACCCUGUUUUUCGAGAACCAAUUCUACAAAGUAGUGAGUGUAGUUGCUGCUACCUCCCCUAAUUUUGACAUGACGCUGGACAGAGCUUUCACGGGAAACUCUUUUGACGGCGGUGCCAACACCAUUCUGAAAGCCUACAAAGUGACUCCACCGGAUAAAGCUUAUCAGUACAACUACGUCUCGCAAUGCUCAGGCCGCGGCAUCUGUGACACCCAAAUUGGAGUCUGCGACUGUUUCAAGGGCUACACCAACGACAAUUGUGACACACAGAGCAUAUUGGCGCUGUAG